AUGACAAACCAAAGGGUUUCAUAUUUUUAUGAUGGGGAUAUUGGAAGUUAUUAUUAUGGACCAGGUCAUCCUAUGAAACCUCAAAGAAUUCGGAUGGCUCAUAGUUUAAUAUUAUCCUAUGAUUUAUAUAAACAUAUGGAAAUUUAUCGUCCUCACAAGUCCUCUGAAAGAGAAUUAGUGGAUUUUCAUGAAGAAGAUUAUGUGGAGUUUCUAUCUAGUAUAAGUCCUGAUAAUUGUAAGGAUUUUGGUUUACAACUUAAACGAUUUAAUCUUGGUGAAAGUACAGAUUGUCCUGUAUUUGAUGGUUUAUUUGAAUUUCAACAAAUAUGUGCUGGUGGAAGUUUAGAUGGAGCAUAUAAGUUAAAUAAUAAUCAAUCUGAUAUUUGUAUCAAUUGGAGUGGUGGAUUACAUCAUGCUAAAAGAUCAGAGGCUAGUGGUUUUUGUUAUAUUAAUGACAUUGUUUUAGCUAUAUUAGAAUUACUUAAAUAUCAUGCAAGGGUUAUGUAUAUUGAUAUUGAUGUACAUCAUGGAGAUGGUGUUGAGGAGGCAUUUUAUGUUACUCAUAGAGUUUUAACAGUAUCAUUUCAUAAAUUUGGGGAAUAUUUCCCUGGGACUGGUGAUGUUACAGAUAUAGGAGCUGCACAAGGUAAAUAUUACAGUGUAAAUAUUCCUUUAAAUGAUGGUAUAGAUGACCAGUCAUUUUUAAAUAUAUUUGAACCUAUAAUAUCAAAAUGUAUUGAAGUUUAUAGGCCAGGAGCAAUUGUUUUACAAUGUGGAGCAGAUUCAGUCAGAGGUGAUCGUUUAGGACGAUUUAAUUUAUCUAUACGUGGUCAUGCAGCAUGUGUAGAUUUUUGUAUGAAAUUUAAUAUUCCAAUGUUAGUUUUAGGAGGUGGUGGAUAUACUAUAAGAAAUGUAGCUCGUUGCUGGGCAUAUGAAACAGCAGUUAUUCUUGGUAGAACAGAUCAAGUAUCUGAUGAUAUCCCAUUAAAUGAUUACUAUGAUUACUUUGCACCUGACUUUAAACUUCACAUACCUCCAUUAGCUAUACCUAAUAUGAAUUCUGCAGAACAUCUUGAGAAAAUAAAAGUGAGAAUUUUAGAAAAUCUCCGUUUUUUGGAACAUGCACCAGGUGUCGAAUUUUCAUAUGUCCCCCCAGAUUUUUUUAAUAGAGAUCUAUUGAUAGCAGAAGAUGAAGAAGAAAGGCAAAUGUGGCAUAGUGAUAGUAAAUCUGAAGAUAUUGAUAAGCCUCCUAUAUAUGAGUCAUUAUUUAGAGCUCAAAAUAGAGAACAUCCAGCAGAAUUUUAA